AUGUACGUGAGUUACCUCUUGGACAAGGACGUGAGCAUGUACCCCAGCUCCGUGCGCCACCCGGGCGGCCUCAACCUGGCGCCGCAGAACUUCGUGAGUCCCCCGCAGUAUCCGGACUACGGCGGUUACCACGUGGCGGCGGCGAACUUGGACAGCGCGCAGUCCCCGGGGCCGUCGUGGCCCGCUGCCUACGGCGCCCCGCUCCGGGAGGACUGGAACGGUUACGCACCGGGGGGCGCCGCGGCCAACGCCGCCGUGGCCCACGGUCUCAACGGGGGAUCCCCGGCCGCAGCCAUGGGUUACAACGGCCCCGCCGACUACCACCCUCACCAUCACCCGCAUCACCACCCGCACCACCCGGCCGCCGCGCCUUCCUGCGCCUCCGGGCUGCUGCAGACGCUCAACCCCGGAGGACCUCCGGGGCCCGCCGCCACCGCAGCCACCGAGCAGCUGUCCCCCAGCGGCCAGCGGCGGAACCUGUGCGAGUGGAUGCGGAAGCCAGCGCAGCAGUCCCUCGGAAGCCAGGUGAAAACCAGGACGAAAGACAAAUACCGAGUGGUGUACACAGACCACCAGAGGCUGGAGCUGGAGAAGGAGUUUCAUUACAGUCGCUACAUAACCAUCCGGAGGAAAGCUGAGCUUGCGGCCACACUGGGGCUCUCAGAGAGGCAGGUUAAAAUUUGGUUUCAGAACCGAAGAGCAAAGGAAAGAAAAAUCAACAAGAAGAAGUUGCAACAGCAGCAGCAGCAGCAGCAGCCGCAGCCUCCGCCGCCUCCGCCACAGCCUUCCCAGCCUCAGCCAGGUCCACUGAGAAGUGUACCCGAGCCCUUAAGUCCCGUGUCUUCCCUGCAAGGCUCAGUUCCAGGCUCUGUCCCCGGGGUCUUGGGGCCAGCUGGAGGGGUAUUAAACCCCACUGUCACCCAGUGA